AUGGCAGACGAACCAAAACCGGAGGAAAUGCCUGCCCAAGCACUAUUCUGGACUACGUAUCUGAAGGAUGCCGAGGAGGAAGAUAAAUACCUCCCGAAAAGUUGGGAAGCGAAUACGGGCAGCGUCUUGACCUUCACUGGUCUAUUUGCUGCGACAGUAGCAGCGUUCAUCAUAGAGAGCUACAAAUCGUUAUCUCCGGAUUCAGGCGACCAAACCGUGGUGCUCCUCACACAACUUCUCGCCGUAGCUGCGAAUGCUUCCAGUCAUACUCCCAUUGAUACCACACACGCUAUUGCUUCGGUCGAGACCUUCAAAGCGCGGCCCACUGCCAUUGUUGUGAACGUUCUGUGGUUCUCGAGUCUGCUUAUCGCACUCGUGUGCGCACUGUUGUCUACGCUCAUCCAGGAAUGGUCGCGCGAUUACGUCCGGGAUAUCAAUCGUCGCCGUACACUCGACGAGAGUGCGCGUGAUCGUGCCUACAAUCACAUGUACAUCCGCAUGGGUGUUGAUAAAUAUGGAAUGGACAGUGUUGUAUACUGCGUGACAGCUUUGGUGCACCUCGCAGUAUUCUUGUUCGUGGUCGGUCUUGCAGUUUUCUUAUUCCCCUUCGACGGUGUCGUCGCGGCGGCGACCACCGCAGUGCUUGGGUUCUUUCUUCUGUUAUAUUUGGCUGCCAGCAUCUCGCCACUUGUUGAUGGGAGCAGUCCCUAUCGCACCCCUGCCACGUACCUAUUCGCUGGGAUUUACUUCCUUUUCCUCUCACUCUGCCGUGCUGUUGUGCGUUUUUGUGCGUUACUCCGUCCGAACUCUGCGAAGCCGCACAAGAGUGAUCCAGUCCCAGCCUUUCGCGAACUGGUAUCGCGUGCGGUUACCGAUCACGAGAACUAUCUGGACUCGGGCCCACGGUUCAAGUUCGCAUGGGAUCGUGCAAGUCGUCAUCUAUUACAAGAUCAACUUCCCGACCUACUUCGGGAUCUACAAUCACUCAUGGAUGGCAUGGAGACUCAAGCGGGAAGGAAAGGGGCCAGAACAUCUAACCUCUACUAUCAUCGCACUGUACUUGAUCCCCUUGACUGUCUCAGUUCUGAUGAGUCCUUUAUGAACACCAUGCAGAACUACUCGAACGACUUAUUGGGCAGACGCACCGGGGAGUUCGCACUAGACUUCUUCAAAAUCGCUGGUCUUCUCUCAUGGUCCAUCUUUGCUGCGGACCCUGCAGAUCAUUCAACGCCUACGUAUUUCCAAUGGUCCGUGACAAAGGCGCUUUAUCUCGACAUCCUCUCUGGGCUGGCUCUUGUGAUGGAAUGUAAGAGCUUCAGUGCCAUUGACAGAUUGCGAGCCCGCGUGUGUCUCGCAAUAGCGAGACGGGCCCUUGUUGGUCUCUGCAGUGCCGCACGAAAACGUACACGAUUCCCAGAUUUGACUACCGACGAUGUCACACCGGCAGUAUCUACUUUCGACGAAUCCGAAGAACCUCCUCUAGUCCCGAUGUAUGAACACCUUAACGGCCAGUUCUCUGAUAACCGGAUUAUCCUCCUCAUGAUGCAAAGCCACGUUGACAGAGCUCUAUAUUACAUCGAUGACUUUGGUUAUGAGGCUUUGGCGUGGCUGAAAGACAACACAGUCUCUUGCCAUCCGGUCCCCCUUCAUGAUGGCGACUGUUGUCGGUCAUGGAGGAGCAUAUUGAUUGCGGAUGGAUGGGCCCACGAUGCCGCUUCUGGUCUAUUGAGCUUGAUAGCCCGCUUCAUAGAAGCGCCCGCAGACGUACAGCGCAAGGCCGGUGACGUUGUGACUCUCAUGGGAUGGACAUUGUUCAGAUACUGGGAUAGUUCUGCGCUUUUUGAAGACUACCUUGAUAUUGGCCCCCCUUCAUCAGAGUUCAUUACACUUCUUCGAGACGUUGAACUCGACGAAUGCUUCGUCUGGUACCUUGCGGCUGCCACAACGCAUCCAGUUCUUCCGUCCACUCUCGCAGGACCGAAGACCAUACUUCGCACUCUCCCAACGACGUACAACUCUCCGGUGUGCGUGUACGAGAUAACACUCCCGCACGACCAGUCUCGGGCGACCUGGAAAGUCAUUCAGUCGUAG